CGCUGCGGUCGCCCGCUAGCAGCUCCGCCAGACAAUGAUUGGCGCCCCGGAGUCGGCAGGGUCCGGUAGAACGAAACUCGCUUUCCUGGUAGCAUGCCGCCCAUCUUUACUGCUCCGAGUAGUACAUCAACAGAGCAACUCCAGUCUCCCUGUCUACUAUUUGUCCUCCUCACAGUCAUAUCCCAUACCAACAGUCCUGCGCUUGCCUCAGCUACUACAUCUCACCUUGCCAGGGUUGUUGUCAUCCUUUGUACUGCGCUGUGCUGUGCUUCCACUUGAGCCUCGGCUUAAGCGUUAUCAACGUUGAGCUUACGAUCUGCUACCAAGCGAACAUUUUUCCCUCGCGCAUGCCCUAGCUCCUAACGCUCACUAUGGCGGCCAACAUUAACAACAACGGCAAGCGCGAGAGGGUGUGUGAAGACGGCGAGGAAGACUACAUCCGAUCGCAAGCUCACCACACAAGCCCUGGCGACCGCCGCUUGCAAGCUCCAUUCCAUUCUGCCCGCCUACCCGGUAGCAGGAUUUACACCACUCCCCUGCCUGCGCGACAAGAUGACCUCAAUUGUCCUGCAGAAUACAUGCCCAUGGUCCUGUACUAUGGCUACGACGCAACCUCCGAGGGGGAGCUGAUUCGGCUUAAAGAUUGGUAUGGAUAUGCCGUCUGGACGGGCUUGAGGACAUUCCAGCAUGAAGACACCAUAUUUCUGGUGACGUUGUACACCGACAACACGCAGCAGACAUUCUUCGAUACGUCGACCAUGCAAGCUGCCGACAAUGGUGUUGGCAUGAUGUCACCCAGCCCUGCUCCCAUGGUUAUCACCAACCAUCCCGCCAGCACUGACCAGAUCUCCGGUUGCACGAAUCCUUUCGCUUCCAUCGGAUGUGGUAGUGGUGAAAAGAUCGAGGUGUCGCCGUCUGCGACAUUGGAUGGCGCGCAUCAGCAAGGUCCGCGUCCACAACACGAGAUCGACAGUGUCUACGCGGUGUUGGGCAGCCUGCGCCCAGGGAGUAGUCGCCGUGUAGAGCAACGACACGCGCCGGGUGGCAUGGGCUCAUCGGUGAACAUGGUGCCGUCCUCACCGGCGUCGGCCAGCUUUAGAAACAUAAACGACACAACUGCACCUCGGCUUGCGAAAUCGCUCCGCCCCAGCCAGCGUAUACUACCUUCCACCCUUUCCGUGAUGGGCCCGCCAACGCCUAGCCAGGCGAGCUUGCGAGCGUCGAUGGAACCUUCAGAUACUCCAGCAAGCCUGACAGGACCCAAACUUAAUCCCCUCGAGUAUGCGAAAAGAUUUCCAAGGCGUCACCAAGAUGGCUGGUGGUUCUGCGACGUAGUAGGAUGCAACCGCGUAUACGGCAGGUUUAACAAAAAAGGUCACCACUUUGGGGAACACUCCGAAAACGAGAUUCAGAAGCAUCAGCGAUACCACAUACCGAAAGACCUGUGGCCUUUUACCUGCGGCGAACUUCGCAAGGAUGGUACGCUCUGCACUGAGCGCGAGCUUUGGAACUCACAUAUGGAGAAGCAUAAAGAUCGAGCUCAUCGUGACCGCCUUGUCUUCUAUUGCCCAUACUGCUGGACGACGGUGAAUCGGUACGACAAUCUGGUCGGGAACAAGCGCCAUGUGAACACACAACAUCCUAACGAGGAUAUUCCCAGCCAAGAGCAAGCUUCCCAGCCACCCGCAUGGCGCUUAGCAGGUAUGGAUCCGCCUGUGUCGACGCCCACCAGAAAACCAAGAAAGGCGCGUCCAGCACCCUCCGCACUGCAACCUUCGGCAGUCGUACAAGCGGCGGCAUCACCGACAUUGUCUCAGAGCAUACUCCCAAGGGUCACCAGUGCAGGGCAGGCAUCAGCGAGUUCAGGAACUCCAGCACAGCAGCAGUCGUUGGCGACUGUGGGUCCAGAGCUUGCCAGACUCUCCCAAUGGCAGGCUUCGAAGAGACCAACCACCUUCGAGUCGACGCCUUCCUCAGGUCAACAUCAAAGCCCAGGUGCUGCCGUUCGAACGCCAGUCGGUCUCGUCACGCCUCCAUCCUCACGUCGUACUUCAUCAUUGUCCACUCCUAACCGGUCGUUUGUGCGAAACAGCUUCGGUGCAUCCUCACAUGCGGCGGAACGUCUUUCACGCGCUCUGGAGACGCCACCAUUGUCGCGAGCGUCGACGAAAGACCAGCUGUACAGUCAAGUCGCAGCGGCAAGGCCAGGGCUGCCGCCCACGCCGCCAGACUCGGCCGCCUCGUCAAGGCGCACCAGCAAUGCUGUGGAAAGUCAUCACGGCGCCGCCAAGCUGUCGUUGCCGCAUCGCCCGAGGGAGCAUGUAUUGGCAUCGGCGCCUAGUCCGAUCCACGGAAUGCAGCGUCACUGUCAUUCAUGAUCUGUCACCGACAGCGCUGCAGCGCAGCGUUCUGACAAAGUCUGGAAAAGGGCUGAGGGUGAAGUGUGAUAACCCUUUAUGUUUAUAUUCACUCGCUCAACACAAGGGUGCCAUGACGGCGGGCACCAAUCUGACUGUGAGGCCUCCAAUCAGUCCGGUGCAUUAGUUUAGAUUCAUCGCUAGAUCAUUGGCAUAGGAUGCUCCGACCUGCCUUAGGAUUGCUAGCGCUUAGUGUUACAGAAAGCAACACCCAAUUCCAGAGAGGACCGCAGCUUUUACACUGAGGACCAGAUAGUGUCGCCUGUAGCCUACCUAGCAGCGUCGGUCAACGCUUUCACCCCAAGCUCGGCCAAGCUGGAACAAUCACGAAUACCGUUCCAGGGACCGCUUACAUUGGAGUGGAUCAAGUGGGGGUGCGGUUUCGCAUUCAUUGCGUGUAUAUUCGAACUUAAUGCGAGUCAGUUGACAACGAUCAACCUUGCCGCCUG